CACCCUUGCACUCGCCCACCACCUUGCCCUUGCCCGUCAUGUUUCGAGCAAGCUUCGUCUCUUCGUUGCGACCUCUCACAAACCCCCUAGUCUUCCAGGCCGCGCGGCACCCUCAGGCCGCGGCAUGCGAUCCUUCAGCAAUGCAAGACCCAACGUACUGGCCGCAGUACACAAGCGGUCGACCCUUCCUUCGGCUUUCUUCGUCAGGCAGUCGCGCACUUUCCUGACCGACUCUGCUCCUGUGGUUACCCGGCCUACCCAACAGGAGGCAUGGAAGCGCUAUGGCAUCACAGCCGCGACCGUUGCAGGGACCAUCGUUGCAGUGAAUGUCUUCUUCAACAGGGAGACAAGAGAUGGGCUCUCCUCGGCGGAGCAGUCCUACCUGCAUGAGAGCUUCAUGUAUGCCGGAGGCGGUCUUGCGGUGACCGCUGUCGCCGCCCGUUCGCUCUUCAGGUCAGGCUUCGCGUUCCGCCUCAUGGCCACCAACCCGUGGGUUGUCCUCGGUGUCAGUCUGGUCGGAAGCAUUGGUACUAUGAUGGGGACCAUAUACACAUCUCCGGAGAACAAGGUCUUGAAGCACGCAUUCUGGCUUGGUUUCAAUGCUUGUCAAGCGGCAACGCUUAGCCCGCUGUUCUUCCUGAGCCCUGCCAUUCUCUCUCGCGCGGCUUUGUACACGGCCGGCGUGUUCGGUGCCUUAUCGUACGUAGGUGCGACUGCCACCAACGACAAGUACCUCUACAUGGGCGGCCCGCUGCUUGCGGGUGUCACCGUUGUGGCGCUGAGCUCACUCGCCCCUAUGGCCCUUCCUCUCGGCAUGCGCGGUUUGGCGAUCUCUGAGGCUAUCUCGCUCUACGGAGGCCUUGCGGUGUUCAGUGGUUUCAUUCUCUUCGAUACGCAAAAGAUCCUCCAGCAUGCUCGCGUGGCUGAGACCGGUGCCAUGACGCGCGACCCAAUGCGCGAAGCAAUCAGUCUUGAGCUAGACCUGAUCAACAUCUUCAUUCGCAUUGUCCAGAUCCUGACGAUGCAGCAGAGCAGGAAGAAGUAAGCUCAUGGCUGCUACCUCCAGUACGAUACUUUGAAUGGCUGUAUCAAUACGUUGUUAAUGUAUCAUCUACUUGUCAGUAAUUAAUAGCCCGAUCAUCGAGUUGACCACAGUCCA